AUGGAUCUCCAACAAUCUCAUCAGCCUAAGAAGCUCCAAAAUUUCCCCUUUCCAUUUCUAAUCAGAACGGAACUUCGUUACGCAAUCUCUUUCUUCCUUCUCCUAGUUUCUUCCUUGUUUAUUCUCAGUCUCGUAACCCCAUUCGACUCUCAGUUUCUAGCCGAUCAUUUGGGUUUCUUAUCCCAAAUCCUACCAAAAAAUAAUCACAAGUUGCCUCCAGGAACUUGUGAUUAUUCCUACGGCAGAUGGGUCCGCGACGAGACUCAUCCACUUCAGUCCUACACCGAGAACUGCCCGUUUCUCGACCCUGGCUUCCGGUGCAGCCAGAGUGGUCGAAAAGAUGAAGGUUAUCGGAGAUGGCGGUGGCAACCGGCUGGCUGUGAUGUUUUGAGAUUUAACGCAAGCGACUUCUUGGAAAGAAGCAGAAACGGACGGAUAGUGUUUGCCGGCGACUCCAUCGGAAGGAACCAGUGGGAAUCCAUGCUAUGCAUGCUUGCAGAAGGGGCGUCCAACAAGUCUAGAAUCUAUGAAGUGAAUGGGAACCCCAUAACAAAACACAAGGGUUUUCUGUCGAUGCGGUUCCAGGACUACAACCUCACAGUUGAAUAUUACAGGGCACCCUUCCUUGUGGUUGUAGGACACCCACCCAAAAAUUCACCAAACCAGGUCAGGACCACAGUUAAGCUCGAUCAAUUCCAUUGGUACUCCAAACACUGGGUUGGAGCAGAUGUUCUAGUUUUCAGUGCAGGGCACUGGUGGAACGAAGGCAAAACAGCAAAGAUGGGCUGCUACUUUGAGGAAGACGGCAAAGUGAAUUUGACAAUGGGAGCGAUGGAAGCAUUCAGGAGGUCUAUACAAACCUGGAAAUCUUGGGUGCUCAAGAAUUUAGACCCUCGAAGGACUCAGGUUUUCUACCGAAGCUUCUCUCCGGUGCAUUACAGGAACGGCACAUGGAAUGAAGGGGGUGGGUGUGAUACCUAUUCAGAGCCAGAAACAGACUACAAAAAUCUUGCAGUUGACCCGGUGAAUAAUCUCUACAUUUCUGAAUCAAUCAAACAGUUGGAAUACGAAAAGUGGAAGGUCCAGUUCUUAAACAUCACGUAUCUAACAGAGUUCAGGAAGGAUGGUCACCCCUCAAAGUAUCGUGAGCCAGGAACUCCAGUUGAUGCUCCACAAGACUGCAGCCACUGGUGCUUACCCGGAGUGCCUGACACAUGGAAUGAACUUAUUUACGCUACUCUACUGGCAAAAGGAUUCAGAACCAAGUAAAGAAAAUGUGGCAUACCUCAGAUUUGAAAAUUUAUUUACAGACAACUGUACAUAAUCAGCAUUGGCUUCUAUUCAGGCUAGUUCCUCCACAUUUUCGUUGGAACUGUCUUCACUGCUUUCCAUUUCCUUCAGUUUCUCAACCUGCCUCAAGAGAUUCAACCUUUCCGGACCAUAUGUUGAUGGUAUCUGUCAAAGAAACAUUAGCACGUUCACGUUAACAAAACACAAGUUUGGUUCUCAUGAAGAGUGAAGGAAAUGAAACUCUUGGAACUAAAAGCCACAUACCAGAGCUGGUACAUAUCUCUGAAUAGCAGCCAACAUUGCUGCAUGUCCAACUGCAGUGACCUGCGAGACACAAGUUAUCUCUAUGCUAAGUUCCAAUAGGGUUUAGAAAAAGUGUUAGGCAAAACAGCUAAAUUGUUCAAUUUUUAUUUCAAGGUACAAAUUCAUUUUUAUUU